CCCUCUCUCUCUCCCUCCCUCCUCUGUGUGUGUAACUGCCAGCUCUCCGUUCUUCAGGAGCAGCCCCGCAGGGAUGUGGUUGACUCCGCCCCCUCCUCCUCCGCUGUGGCCCCGCCCCCAGCCGGCCUGCUGGACCCCGCCUCCUCCUCCUGCCCCGGCACGCCCUCCUCGCUGCACGGGCGGUUGGCGGGCUGCCCGUCGCCGGGGGCAACCCUGAAGCGGCCCACGGCGCUGAGCCGCCACGCCAGCUCCGCGGGCACCUGGGGCUUCAGCAAGGCCCACCACGUCAAGGGGGCGGCGGCCCUGCACAGCCCCGCCUCCGACGGCGUGGCGGAGGGGGGCGUGGCCAUCGAGGUGACGGACAUUCCUCCGCUGCUGCGCGACGUGGCGCGGUUCGCCGAGGCCGUGGAGAAGCUGAAGGACGUGGUGAUGGGGGAAGAUAAGCAGGAGACCCGGAGGCCGUUAGCCCAUGAGUGCCUGGGGGAGGUCCUUCGCGUGCUCAGGCAGGUGAUUAACACCUACCCCCUGCUCAACACCGUGGAGACGCUCACCGCCGCCGGGACGCUCAUCUCCAAGGUCAAAGGAUUCCACUAUGAGGUCAGUAAUGAAACGGACAAUAAGGAAUUUGAGAAGGCCAUCGAGACCAUCGCAGUGGCCUUCAGCAGCAAUGUGUCAGAGUUGCUGAUGGGGGAGGUAGACAGCAGUACCCUUCUGUCUCUGCCACCCACGGAGAAGAGCAGGUCCAUGGAGAAUCUUUAUGCAGGCAUGCCAAACCAGGGAUCAGACUUCACCCUGUCCAAGAGUGACCUGCAGGAAUGUGUGUGGAGUGCAGAAGUGGACAUUAUUCUGCAGCGCAGCGAGGGUGGAGUUGACUCCGCCCUCACCUACGCCAAGUCCAUCUCCAAGUACCUGAAGGACGUCAUCAGCUACGUGGACAAGAGGAUAGCACUGGAGAUGGAAUUUGCCAAGGGCCUUCAGAGACUCUACCAGUCUAGCAAGCAGAGUAUUGCACAGCCAUAUAUGCCGUUCUUCUCCAUAUACUCCCUGGCGCUGGAGCAGGAUUUGGAGCAGAGUGUAGGGGUGCAGCAGACAUCAGGCACUCUGCACAGCCAGACCUUCCUGCAGCCCCUGAUGCAGCGAAGGCAGGAACACGAGAAGAAACGAAAGGAGAUCAAAGACCAGUGGCAGAGAGCCAAGAGGAAGCUGAUGGAGGCGGAGUCGAACCUGCGCAAGGCCAAGCAGGCCUACAUGGCGCGCUUCGAGGAGUACGAUAAGGCCCGGACGGUGGCCAGCCGCGCGGAGGAGGAGCAGGGGGGCGCGGGCGUGGGCUCCACCAACAAGGCCCUGGACAAGAAGAGACGGCUGGAGGAGGAGGCCCGCAACAAGGCUGAAGAGGCGGAGGCCACGUACCGCACCUGCAUCGCCGACGCCAGCACACAGAGCCAGGAGCUGGAGGACGUGAAGGUCAACGUGCUGCGGCAGAUCCAGGAGGUCAUCAAACAGACCGACCAGACCCUGCGCUCGUCCACCAUCUCGUACUACCAGAUCAUGCACAUGCAGACGGCCGCACUGCCAGUGCACUACCAGACCCUGUGCGAGAGCAGCAAGCUGUACGACCCGGGCCAGCAGUACGCCGCCCACGUCAAAGACCUGCAGAUGUCCGAGGAGCCCGAGACCCAGUACUGCUUCGAGCCCUACAGCGCCCCCUCUGGCCAGCCAUCCAUCGGACCCCGCAGCAACAGCUUCGGCGCAGACCGCCCGGGCAGCCAAGAGGCCCCGCCCACCUCCGGGGAGGCGGAGUCUGUGGACGGGGGCGUGUCCUCUAAAGAGAAGGAGAGGCGGGGGCGUGGUCACCAGGUGUACAAGUCCUGGCCAUCGGCAGUGAGCGACACAGACAGUGUGGGCUGUGGGAGUGGCCUGGAGUCCCCCACGACCAGCACAGGAGAUUUAAGGAAAACCCCGCGGACCGCCUCUAUGGGGAGCGUGUCGUCCAAUGAGGACGCAGAGAUUAAGGCGGACAACGAGACCCCUUUCGAACGCGGCAUGAACGGGAUGGAGCCGGAGAUCGCCGUGCCGACGGGCCCGUUCCGGAACGUGGGGCUGUCCAAGGCCGCGCGGACGCACCGCCUGCGCAAGCUGCGCACGCCCGCCAAGUGCCGAGAGUGCGACAGCUACGUGUACUUCCAGGGGGCGGAGUGUGAGGAGUGCUUCCUGGCCUGUCAUAAGAAGUGUCUGGAGUCGCUGGCCAUCCAGUGCGGCCAUAAGAAGCUGCAGGGCCGGCUGCAGCUGUUCGGCAGGGACUUCGCCCAGGUUGCCCACGGCAACUCCGAGGGGAUCCCCUUCGUCAUCAAGAAGUGCAUCCUGGAGAUCGAGAGGAGGGCGCUGAAGAUGAAGGGCAUCUACCGGGUGAACGGGGUGAAGACGCGGGUGGAGAAGCUGUGCCAGGCCUUUGAGAACGGCAAGGAGCUGGUGGAGCUGUCCCAGGCCUCUCCCCACGACAUCAGCAAUGUGCUCAAGCUCUACCUGCGACAGCUCCCCGAGCCAAUAAUGCCCUUCCGUCUGUACAACGACCUGAUGGGCGUGGCCAAGGAUAGCCUGAAGGCGGAGUCCGGCGUGGGCGGGGACGUGGGGAAAGGGGCGGAGCUCGUGGACCUGGGCCCGGAGACCGACCCCGAGGUCGUGACCCUGGUGGAGAAGCUUCGGGAUCUCCUGAAGCCUCUGCCCCCAGCCAACGUGGCCACCCUGCGCUACAUCACCCGCCACCUGCGCAAGAUCUCUGAGCUGGAGCAGGAUAAUAAGAUGAGCCCCAGUAAUUUGGGCAUAGUGUUUGGCCCCACUCUGAUGAGGCCCCGCCCCACGGGGGCCACCGUGUCCCUGUCCUCAUUGGUGGAUUACCCGCACCAGGCCCGCGUCGUGGAGGCUCUCAUCGUCUUCCACGCCGCCAUCUUCCAGCCAGGCUCCGCCCCUUCCUCCUCAGGCCCCGCCUCCCAGAGGCACAGCCAGGACUGCACCGAGGAGAGCAGGAAGGAAGCAAAGGACCAAGGUGACGAACAGGAGUGUCAGCCAAUCAGGACCGAGUCAGAAAAGGGGGAGGAGUUCUGUGGCAACUCUUUGGCCUCCUCGGGCUCCCAGGAGAGGUCCCUGGACUCUGACUGGGAGCUGGAGGAGCAGGCGGGCGGCUCCCAGGCCAGGCUGUCCCGCCUGGCCAAGCAGGCCAGCGAGACCAGCACAGAGGAGGAGCCGCUCAGCCCCCGGGCCAGCCUGGACCUCUCGCACCAGGCAGUGCCCGCCCCCAUCGAGGAGGUCCCCCCCGUGCCGGACUCCGAGCCCCCGGACAGCGAAGAGCCCUGACCCCACCGCCCCCCCCACCCUCCCCUCUCCCCCUUCCCUCCCCUGGCAGACAGAGCUCAGAGGCGGAGCUGGCCUCAAUGUGGGAGGAGCUCAGUGCCCAACCAAUGAAACGCCACGGUCUCAGGACCCCUCUGAGGCUGUCCACGGCGUGCCUGUUUGGGGUGACGCAGUUGGCGUUUUCAAGGUUUUAAAGUGUAGAAGAAGCGUGCUCUCUCUCAGGAAACAGACGUCGACUUGCGCGACUGUUCCCUUUUCCUUUCUUUGGUCGAUGGUUUAAUGCGGUUUUUUUGGGGGGGGAUUUCAAGGGGAGUCUGGAAUUUUUUUUACAUUUCAUUUGUUUACGUUGUUUAAGUUUUGUAUGUUUGAUGUACAGGUGAUGUACUACCUUGAGUUU